AUGUCGUCCGCCGCGAAUGCUACGACGGAAAACCAGGGCGAGGCACGGGGUGACACCUCUGGCAGCUCUCUGUCGGGCAUGGUUUCGACUCUGGCUGUCUGCGCUCCUAUCGCCGGUGUCUACUUGGUAAUCUUUUUGAUUUUGCGCCGCAGCCAGCGUAGAUUCUAUGCCCCAAGAACCUAUCUGGGCAGUUUGCGUGAGAGCGAACGAACACCAAGCCUACCCAGUGGCAUCCUGAACUGGUUCGCGAGCUUCUGGAAAAUCCCCGAUGUCUACGCCCUCAAGCACCAGUCUCUUGAUUCCUACCUUUUCCUUCGAUUUUUGCGCCUGUGCGCCUCCAUCUGUCUAGUUGGUCUCGGCAUGACAUGGCCCAUCCUGUUUCCCAUCAACGCUACUGGUGGUAACAAUGCAAGCCAACUUGAUGUCCUCACGUACAGCAACAUCGACAUCAGCCAAUCCUCAGGUCUCAAUCGUCUAUAUGCGCACGCCUUGGUCGGCUGGCUCUUCUAUGGCUUCGUCAUGUAUCUCAUUAUGCGCGAGUGCAUCUUCUACAUCAACCUGCGCCAGGCCUUCCUGCUCUCGCCCACCUAUUCCAAGCGCAUUUCGUCGCGAACUGUUCUCUUCACCUCCGUGCCCGAAGAAUACCUCGACGAACACCGACUCAAGAAGCUUUUCAGCGACUCGGUCAAGAGAAUUUGGAUCACCGGAGACACCGAAAAGCUGGACGAGUUGGUGGAGGAGCGUGACAAGGUUGCCAUGAAGCUGGAGAAGGCCCAGGUCAAGCUCAUCAAAUUGGUCAACGCGGCCCGCCUCAAGGCUAUCAAGAAGGGUGCCUCUUCCGAGAAGACUCCCGCUCAAGACGCCGAGACGGCCGAUGCUGCUACCAAGUGGAUUCCUCAGAAGAAGCGUCCUACACACAGACUCGGCCCCCUGGGACUGGUCGGAAAGAAGGUUGACACGAUCGACUGGUGCCGAUCCGAGUUGCAGCGUCUUAUUCCCGCCGUCGAAGCCGCCCAAGCCGAUUACCGUGCCGGAAAGGCCAAGAAGAUUCCUGCCGUCUUUGUCGAGUUCUUCACCCAGUCCGAUGCCCAGGCUGCGUACCAGGUCACCACUCACCACCAGGCUCUUCAGAUGACCCCCAAGUUCAUCGGCAUUCAACCCACCGAAGUUAUCUGGAAGUCCCUCAGAGUCCCUUGGUGGCAGAGAGUCAUUCGCCGCUACGCUGUCGUUGCCUUCGUCUCCGCGCUGAUUAUCUUCUGGGCCAUUCCAGUCACUGCAGUUGGUUUCAUCGCUCGUGUCGAUCAACUCGAGACAUACGCCUUCCUCGCCUGGCUGAAGAAGAUCCCCGACGUGAUCAUGGGUGUUGUCUCUGGUCUUUUGCCUAGUGUGGCACUGUCCAUUCUGAUGUCCUUGGUUCCCGUCAUCAUGCGUCUUUGCGCCCGUCUGGCUGGAGAACCUUCCAACUCCCGGGUCGAGUUGUUCACCCAGAACGCCUACUACUGGUUUCAGCUUAUCCAGGUCUUCUUGAUUACGACCAUCUCUCAGUCGGCUUUGGCUGCUGUCAUUCAAAUCAGCCAGAACCCGAGCUCCAUCUUUUCAACCCUGUCCGAGGCUUUGCCCAAGUCGUCCAGCUUCUACAUUAGCUACUUCAUCGUCCAGGGUAUUACGUUGGCAGUCGGUACGAUGACUCAAGUAGUCGCGUUCGCCAUCUUCGUGGUGCUUCUGAAGUUCCUUACCAACACUCCCAGAGCUCUCUACGUGAAGUGGUCCACACUGGCGGCGAUCUCUUGGGGAAGCGUCCUGCCAGUUUACACCAUGAUUGCCGUUAUCAGCAUCACCUAUGCUAUCAUUGCGCCGCUCAUGCUCUUCUUCUCCACCAUCGGUAUGGGACUGUUCUACUUGGCUUACAGGUAUAACAUUCUCUUUGUUACCGACACCAAGAUCGACACGAGAGGUCUCCUCUACCCUCGUGCUCUCAAGCAGCUUUUCGCAGGCGUUUACCUUGCUGAGAUCUGCUUGGUUGGUCUUUUCGCCGUUUCGAAAGCCAUUGGACCUCUCAUCCUCAUGAUCGUCUUCCUCAUCUUCUCCGUCCUCUUCCACAUUACUCUCAACAGCGUCCUGGACCCGUUAUUGUACACUUUGCCCCGUUCGCUCCAGGUUGAAGAGGAAUCUUUGAACUCCAACGUCGAGGAUAUUGACCGCAAGGAUUCUGGCAGAGGUGUUUCCGAGGAGGAUGGCCAGAACGGCACCUCAAGCAACCCGUUCAAGAAGAUUGCCAACGUUAAGAACUUCAGCCCGGGAGGAGAGGAGAACCAGGUGGAGAUGGAGGGUGGCAACAUCGUUACCCGCUUCCUCAAGCCUUGGAUCUUUGCCAAUUACACGCACCUUCGCCAGCUUGUGCCUCGCGAUGAGGCCAGUGUCGACGAGUUGUACCCUGGUAACAUCCAGGACAACGCUUACUACCCGCCUUCCGUCUCCAGCCUCCCCCCACUCCUUUGGAUUCCUGAGGAUGGCGCUGGUGUGUCCAAGCAUGAGAUUGCGCAGACGAGCAAGAUCAUUCCCAUCACCGAUGAGGGGUGCCAGUUGGAUGAGAAGAACAAGUUGGUGUGGGAUUCCGAGGGAGCCAGACCUCCCAUCUGGGACGAGAAGAUUUACUACUAA